AUUUUUAUAGAACUAAAUAGUUCAAUUUCAUUUUGUUUUUUUUUCUAUUAUAACAUGGAUACGAUAUCUUGCGGCUGGUUUAGUGAAAUUCAGGCCGAGCUAUGGCCUGGACAGGCAUUUUCCUUGAAAGUAAAAAAUGUCAUUCAUAAAGAAAAGUCAAAAUACCAAGAUAUUCAAAUAAUUGAAACUGAAACAUAUGGGAAGUGCUUAAUAUUGGAUGGAAUAAUACAAUGCACGUCAAGAGAUGAAUUUUCGUACCAGGAAAUGAUAGCAUUUCUACCUCUUUUUUCUCAUCCGAAUCCAAAAAAAGUCUUGAUUGUUGGUGGCGGCGAUGGUGGCGUGGCGCGUGAAGUUGUAAAACAUCCCUUGGUUGAAGAAGUACAUCAAAUAGAAAUAGACGAACGCGUUGUGGAACUUUCAAAACAACAUUUACCUGAAAUGGCAUGCGGGUUUAAGAGCGAAAAAUUAAAGCUAACUAUUGGCGAUGGUUUUGAGUACAUGAAAAAACAUAAAAAUGAAUUUGAUGUCAUUAUAACGGAUAGCUCGGAUCCAAUUGGUCCAGCAGUAAGCUUGUUCAAUGAAAGCUAUUAUAAAUUAAUGAAACAUGCUUUAAAAGAAGAUGGAAUCGUGUGCUCUCAAGGAGGUAGUUUUUGGUUAGACUUGAGUUACAUAAAAAAAACAAUGUCUGGUUGCAAAGAGCACUUCGCAAAAGUUUCCUAUGCCAUAACUUCAGUUCCCUCUUACCCUUGUGGUCAUAUAGGUUUUGUUAUAGGUUCUUUGAACAAAAAUCAAAAGUUCAUUAACUCUGUAAAUAAAAUAAAAAAUUUUGAUAUCGAAGCGCUAAAUUUAAAAUACUAUACACCGGAAGUACAUGAUGCAGCUUUUGCAUUGCCACGAUGGGUACAGAAAAGCUUAAUGUCGGACAUAAUUUAAAUUUGAAACUUAUAGCCAAAAUAUCAAUAUGUACUUCCUUAUUGAUAAUGUUAUGUAUAAAUAAAAGUUGAAAUAUUUCAACCACGAAA